AUGCAAGGUGACAACUAUUUAAGGCCUGCGUUUCCUCUCCGGCUCAAGGAAAACUUCUUCUCCCUUUCAUCACAAUCAUCACCACCCGCCCCUACUUGUCCUAGCAGCAACCUAAACAAACCCAGAAGCAUCUCCAUCACGGCCCCUCUCUACUGGUCUCCGCAACAGCCCAAUUUGAACCUCAGCAGCAUCACCAACACCAUGUCUGGUCCUGCCAACGGCCCUGGAACAGAGGGAGAGAUGGCUCCAGCGCCUAUGUAUGCCGCUGAGAUCUUGAUGGCCAGUCAUCAGGGGCUCAAAUUGGAGAAUGACAGGCUCCGCAGUGAAAAUGAGAGGCUUUGCGCUGAAAAUGAAAGGCUUUGCGCUGAAAACGAUAGGCUUUGCACUGAAAACAACAGGCUUUGCGAUGAAAAUGCCAAAUUGGAGGCGGAAUUGGCCCCAAAGGGAGGUCAGAUACCUGCGCAGUUCAUUGGCACCAGCUACGACGGGACAAAGCGCAAAGUGGAAGAAGAAAUGUACGCCGACGACGAACGCGGAAACAAGAAGCUCCGCACUACUGAUUCGAUGGAAUUCGGGGGCCUUUCGGAUGCAAACCUGAAUGGAGUUUGCCAAUUUGUUUCAAUUGCCCAAAAUGAGGUACUACGCGUGGCAGCAAAGGGUGGUUUGAUCAACCAUCUUUAUUUUAAGAUCACCCCGCGGGGUAUUUUGGGGAUCACUCCCAUCGGAAUGGAGAGGAUUGACCUCUUCCAUCGGUCCAAAACGGAGCCCAAAUUGAUCGAGGAUUGGAAAUUAGCUCGAGGGGCGGAGUUUUCCAAGAAGGUCCGCAAGAUCAUCACUGAGAGUGGUUUCCAGAACCAUAGCCAUCCCUCCCUCCACUGCCUCGCCGAGGAACUUGAGGAUGAGGGACUGUCAAUGGACACUCUUCGCAGCAAAUUGGUCUCCCUGGAAUCCCAAACGAGGAAUGAUGUGGAGAGGCUCGAAGCGUACGUCAAGGAAUUGACCAGGAUUCAGCGAAAUGGGCGUCAAAAUGGGCAAGUCGACAAAGAAGACCUCCUAGCGAUUUUGCGCCGUAUCUCCCGCCCGGCAACUGAUGGGUCUGUGAGGCCGCUUAUUAAGAUUAUCGAGGGAGCCGAAGGCCUUUGUGAGGCCUUCCGCUUCCUUGGCGAGCUGGAGAAGAUUGUGGACGGAUACCGUGCACUCUAUGCGGCAAGUGAAAAGAUGGAGGACUCAAUCGAGUUCCCAGCCCAUCAAUUUGCGCCAGCGGCACCACGUGUCGUGGAAGGCUAG